UGGGCACAGGUGGGUGGCACUGGUGGGCACAGGUGGGUGGGCACAGGUGGGUGGCACUGCUGGGCACAGGCAGGUGGCACUUCUGGGCACAGGUGUGUGACACUGCAGAGUGGCACAGGUGGGUGCACUGCUGGGCACAGGUGGGUGCACUGCUGGGCACAGGUGGGUGGAACUUGCGGGUGGCACUGCUGGGCACCGAUCAUCAGGGCACUGAUCAUCAGUGGCCCUGAUGAUCGGUGCCGAUCCUCGCUCUGACAACUGGCAGUUCUCGGCAGUACUUUCCUCACGAUCUGACAGUGUGAGGAAAGUGCAGCCGAGGAACCGGCACUUGCAU